GUCGGUGCGGCGGCGGAGGGACGCGGGACGCGGAGCAUGGCUGUUGGAAAAAGCCCUACGUUCCCACGGGUCGGGUCGGUGGGAGCCGCUCCGCUUUUGUUCCUCCGCGUGUCUGUGUUUUUUGGGGUGUGUGAAGUUGUCCUCCUUGUCCCCCCGUAGAGAAACGCCCCGCGUGCAGCACCGGUUCCCAGCUAGAUCUGGAGAUGGACGCGGAUAAGGGGAAGCAACGCCAGUACUCUCAGAGGGCCGGCAGUCCGUGCGCUUCUCUGCGCAGAGCAACCCGUUCUCCCUCAGGAAUCCCCUUCUCCCCCGGAGAGCGGCGGCUGGCCUUGGCGUUGUGACAAGUGCAUGCCGAAGGCGAGACAGAGAGGGCUGCCAAAGUAGAGACGUUCCCUAGAGAACUGUAGCUUGACUUAGCGGCAGUUUGGUAGGAAGUUGGAAGGCUAUAGUGAGCUGCGGGGCCUGGCGCUCGUACCCACCCGUGCCAUCAUCUACCUCCAUCAAUCUGGAGCCUCAUCGACACGUCUCCCCAGGCAGCUGCGGCCAUCUGGCUUCUGAGGCCAGCCUGAUGGCGGAGCCUCGCUUCAACAACCCCUACUUCUGGCCGCCUCCCCCCACCAUGCCCAGCCAGCUGGACAACCUCGUCCUGAUCAACAAAAUCAAGGAGCAGCUGAUGGCGGAGAAGAUCCGGCCCCCGCACUUGCCCCCCACCUCCGUGGCCUCCCAGCAGCCCCUCCUGGUGCCCCCCUCGCCUGCUGAAAGCAGCCAGUCCAUCAUGUCCCUCCCCAAGCUGCAGCAGGUGCCGGGCCUCCACCCGCAGGCGGUCCCACAGCCCGACGUGGCCCUGCACGCUCGGCCGGCCACCAGCACCGUCACAGGCUUGGGGCUGGCAUCCCGCGCGCCCACGGUCAGCACCUCCGAGUCCAGCACGGGCACCACCACCCCCUCCACGCCCACCUCCACCAGCCAGAGCCGCCUCAUCGCCUCCUCGCCCACCCUUAUCUCAGGAAUCACCAGCCCGCCCCUCCUCGACUCCAUAAAGACAAUCCAGGGCCACAGCUUGCUGGGGGCACCCAAGGCGGAGCGGGGCCGCAAGAAGAUCAAGGCGGAAAACCCUUCGGGGCCGCCCGUCCUCGUGGUUCCCUACCCCAUCCUGGCCUCGGGGGAGACGGCCAAAGAGGGCAAGACGUACAGGUGUAAGGUCUGCCCUUUGACGUUCUUCACCAAGUCGGAGAUGCAGAUCCACUCCAAGUCGCACACAGAGGCCAAGCCCCACAAGUGCCCCCACUGCUCCAAGUCCUUUGCCAACGCCUCCUACCUGGCCCAGCACCUGCGCAUCCACCUGGGCGUGAAGCCCUACCACUGCUCUUACUGCGAGAAGUCCUUCCGCCAGCUGUCCCACCUCCAGCAGCACACCAGAAUCCACACCGGCGACAGACCCUAUAAGUGCCCACACCCCGGCUGCGAGAAGGCGUUCACACAACUCUCCAACCUCCAGUCUCACCAGCGACAGCACAACAAGGACAAGCCCUACAAGUGCCCGAACUGCUACCGGGCCUACACGGACUCGGCCUCGCUGCAGAUCCACCUCUCAGCGCACGCCAUCAAGCACGCCAAGGCUUACUGCUGCAGCAUGUGCGGCCGCGCCUAUACCUCGGAGACGUACCUGAUGAAGCACAUGUCCAAACACACCGUGGUGGAGCACCUCGUCAGCCAGCACUCUCCUCAAAGGACCGAAUCCCCCGGCAUCCCUGUGCGGAUCUCGCUCAUCUAAGCGGGCUCCGUCCUGCCCCGCUGCUGCCGGGGGGGGGGACGCCGCGUCGGCCCCCCCUGGCCCGGCCCCCCCCCCCUCCCGGGGGCUGCAGGUUUGGUGACAUCCAAAGACGGUUUCAGAGCACUUUGAAUCUCUGCAGUUUUCUUGGGGGGUGGGUGGGUUCUCCUUCAGUCAGCCCCCCCACCCCCCCCCCGCCCUCCGCCUCCUCUCAUUUUGGAUACAAAUAUAUAUAUAUUUAUUGGCCAAGAAGUUGGUGCUGCUAACACAGAAACGAAACCAGACGUGGAACGGAGCGUGCCGGGCACCGGACCCCCCCUCCCCCCCACCCCCCCCAGGACUGACGGAGCAGAGCGGGGGGUCAGAGGGGGCUUUGUUUUGAGAGGGGGGGGCGGGGGGUGGGCGCUCCGUUUGGGUUGCGUUUGAUUUUUGAAGACGUUUUCCCCUCUGGGUUCGCUCCCCCACGCCGGACUCCGUCGCCGGGAGCAGCCGGGGGGGGCGCCGGGGGUCCGCGUGCCUCUGUGUGUACAUAGCCCCGUGUACAGAGCCGGGGGGGCCCCCCGCUCCCCGCGGAGAGACUCGACAGAAGCUCAUCUAUAUUAUGUACUCUUUUGGUUCCGUUUUGGAUAUUAACUGUGUUAUUUUUUUAUACACUUUUUAAGCCUUAA